AUGUUGGAUGAAAGUGUAGCACAACUAAAUGCAGCUACUGACGAAAUUACCCAAUACCUUGAUAGUGAUACUGUUCAUAUUGCGCCCCUUUCAUUCUGGAGAGAGCACCAAACUCGCUUUCCAGCAAUCGCUGCCCUUGCGCGGGAUGCACUCUCCUUCCCUGCAAUAGGUGCAUGUGUUGAACGGCUCUUUAAUACUGCUCGGGAUGUCUGUCAUUAUCGUCGAGGGAGAAUGAGAUCGCAGACGAUUGAAGAGUUAAUGAUGUUUCUGUGCACUUCAAGGUUUGACAUAGAAGAGCAGGAGGCGAAGCUUCUUGAGAAGUUCUUCUCCUAUGAGGAAAUGGAAGCUGCGAAGGAGGAGAAGGAUGAAAAGCUUGACGAGGUUGAGAUAGACCCAAUUAGUGAUGCUAAGGAGCAGGACACUGUAAUUAAUGACGAGAUAGGGCUAGACGCGGCAGGCGAGGUAGAUGAGGCCCAGCUACCGCUGCCUAGGAAUAACACCCAGGACACCCAGGUACGGGCCUCGGGGCGGAAGCGCAAGAGUCGAGAUGAUGAUAUCUUUGAGUAUCAUUAG